AUGUUCCUGUCUUUUCCUUGGAUGAACAAUUAUCGUAAUCACCUUGUGUUUGCUCUUGAGGAUUCCCAUGCCUUCGAUACUAAACGCUUCAAUCUCCAACGUUUUCCUGGAAUGAUUGCUGGCAGUGGAUUCCAAAAACCUGAUUAUAGAAGUACAUACGAUAUUUCUCUUCCAAUCAUAAGCAGUUUCCAACCUGACGCUGCUACGUUUUCUGAACGACAGUAUUUAAUAGCAAUCGUGCAAAAUCAGUUUUCAGUUUCUCUUAAAAGUGAUAUUGAUAGACUUCUCCAACAACCUCGUGAAGUGAACGAUGAACUGCCAAAGUCAAUUAUUGUUCAUACAAAUGAUCAAUCUGAGCCCUUCUUAGUAUAUCGAUCAAGGGAUCUUUCUUGCAAACGGAUCUCACUUGCAUACGAAACUGUUCUCUCAUCCAGUUUAUUUUGUCUGAUUGAUCAAAUACAAGCCCCCAACACACUCUUAUUUGAUGCCAUGAAAGCAGGCUGUAUUCCGGUCAUCUUAAGCUCCGAUACCAUCUUGCCUUUCUCAGAAAAGCUUGAUUGGACAAAGUACGCUCUCAGUAUAUUGUUUACGGGAUAUAGUGCGAUUGCCAAAACAACACUGGAUAUCAUAAACAGCCGUGUCUUUCCGCAUUAUGCCAAAUCGUAUAAUGAGUGGAACGACCCAAGCUCAUCACUUCAAGAAGUGCCUUCUGAGGUUUCAUUUCCUUCAAACGGCGACGCUAUUUGUAAUGGCUAUGCACUCAUCGUUGCGACGAAAAGCCACAUCAAGUAUCUGGUGCCUUUGUUGAGCCGCAUUUCACAAUCAAGGUAUAUGCAGGAGGCCUACAUUAUUUGGCUCGGUGAACCUGACAGUCUUGCGUCGUCCGUCUUUUUGUUACUGAGCAACGUGACUGUUCAUGUGUUGCCUCCCCUCUAUAAUUCAAAAGAACAGUCGGUUCUUCGGUUACCCGAAACAAAAUUCAGCAGCUUCUUAUUUCUUACCGAACAUGCUCUUAUACCCGCUGACGUUACUGCAGUUGAUUUCGCUUACGAGGUAAUUCUGCUUAUUUUCCAUCAGUUUUUUCGUGAUAGUUGCCUAAAAUCAAUCGCUUGGUGCCAACAUCCGAACCGAGUCGUGACGAUCCCCUCUAUUCAGCCAACGAAAUCCCAUUCUGAGGAGGCGUCAUUUGACCUAGCUUUUUUCCAUAAAAAAGUGAUAAGUCUAGCUUCAAACGUAUGCGUAAUUCUAAAUUUUACCAAGCUAAUGUGCCUUCGUUUUUUGAAGGUAUUUGUUGUGCGUUUGCUUGAACUUCUUCCGGAUAAGUUGAGCGGGUUGAUAUCUUCAACGGGAAGUUGUGCUGAGGUGGUUUUGCCGGACAUGGUGGUGCGUCUCUCAGGCCGUCCGCCGAUUCACGUGUCUCCAGAGAAGCACAAUCAGACCCCGGCAGGUGUCCCACCUGAUCUACUCGAGUCUUUUUCUGUUAAUUCGUCGAUGGCGCGUCUGCGACAGGAGUGUUUGAGACUGCCAGGUGUUCGACGUCUUCUACCUAAUCAUCAUAAAGAAACAUUCACUUUCAUGGUGCACCCAUAUUGA